CGUUUUUUCCGUAGCCUACUUGACAAGACAUUUCUAUCCACAUUUCUAUUUGAUUUUGGAUGGGACUGAAGUCACGUUGUUAUUGUACCAAUCCCACAUCACGGUGUAAGACAGAAGGGCAGAUCAUUUCUUUAGUUUGUCUUUGACUACCCAACACCAGCCUUCACAGUCUACUUUCAUUUUUCUUCUUCACUUGUUUACAUCUGUGUCACUGGGACAGUCGUCCAGACCUUCUUCUCCACAGCCAGGUUUACAUCCUCUGGUGUGGAAGUCAAGGUGUCGUGGAUCUAAUCAUCACUCAGGUCAAACGUGAUCUUUUAUAGUGACUCCACAGCCUCCGACGCUGCUGUCAACACUAGGUGGCCACCGGCCUGUGGUUACUUUUCCGACACUUCAUAUAUAAAAUCAGAAGGUUCAGCGGGGGUUUUGGGGUUUUAAGAUUUGAAGUUUCCGAUUUAUCAAACUGAUACAUUUCCCCAGUAAACACAACAGAAGGAACUCUGGGAGCUGGAAAUGUAAAGUUUUCCUUUGGGCUGGGGUGAUGGAGAGUAAGUGGUUACCAACUGUAGUUUCCAGCUGGAGCCGACUGUCUUACACCGGGAACAUACUGUAUUUGUCAACUGUUGCUGACUGAAGAAGUUGUAGGUUUUACUGUGGGAGAGAGUGCGUCUGGUCUCCAGGUGGGUUCAUGGAAACGUUGAACCAACUUGAUAUGGUCUCUGAAGAUAACGUGUCAAACAUUCACACGGCCACACUUAUAAUACACUCAAACACACUUUCACAAUACCUGUACCUCAGUUUGCCACCAGGGCGGUGUGUGAUGGAACCUCAUUUAGGACUUUUUUCAUAACGACACUGUUGGAUGCUGUUGCAGGUUUUUGUUGCAGCUCUUGUACAACGUUCAUUGACCAUUGCCAGGACUAAUCAGGCUUUCUCAGGGGUUGCCCCCCCCAUGUUGGACCUUAUUGCUAGAAGGGCUUUAAUGUGUGUAACCUCUCAAACACAGCGUUUCCUGUUUGUCGUCUCCACUGCUCUUCACCCUCCUCUUAUAUAUUAGGCUCCAUCUCACACUUAAAUUGCCAGUUUUUGAGCAGAUAUUGAGCAGUUGCUCAUUUCCUCCCACUCAGAAAUCCAUAGUUAAUAAAGAAAGGAAAAACAAACGCAGUGGCCAGAAGAAUGUUGUCACAUUCUCUUUGGUUUCUCUCUUAUUUUUCAAAAUGGCAGCUCUUGUGUGUGAUAAACCAAUCCACUGUGCUUCUUCUUCAUCCCUGUGAAAUUGUUAUUUUCUGCGGCCACAGUUUACUUUCUCCUCCUGAUGCUGCGCUGCUUGGUAUGCUGCUGUGCCACCAGCUGAUGUGACACCAGUCAUUUGUUAAACGGCCCAAACUCUUAUCUGCCUUUCUUCAAGGAACAGAGCAAUCAAAAGGCUUUUUGACACCAUAUUAGUAAACGCGCCGACGUUCUGAGAACAUUUUAAUGCGGCCUUUAUGUUAUCAGUUUCGGAACUAAUGUUCCUGAUGCAGAGGGAUAAAAGCGCUCUGUUUACUGUGGAGCAGCUUCAUCAUUCAGUGCUGAAAGCACAGCCAGAGAAGUGUGUCAUUUCACAACUGAUUAUUUACAUAACAAAAACUGCACCAGAAAAAAGGAAAGUUGCAUUUAAAGGAACGAGUUAUUAAAAUGAAGACUUGUAAAUGCUGUCAGAAAUGGAAUACAUAACGUUAGAAAUAUGUUUAGUUAUUAUUUUUUUACUUGAAUAAAGCCUUUAAUUGUUCACCAGUCGAUAAUUUCCCCCAAACAUCAUUACGACCCCGAUGUUCCCGUAGAACCACAGGGACACACAAACCCCAGCUUUUGAUUACAUUUUUUUAAAAUUAAAUAUUAAAAAAAUAUAAUUAAAUUCCAAAUACACGAGUCUGCAAAAUGAAUAACUAAUAUAGUGGACACCAGAGAAAAUGAAAACAACCCUAGUUAAAGGAACAGACCUGUGCAGACCUUCAGUGAAUAUCGGUGUUCAAGCUCAUCAAUAAUUUAUUGAUCUGACUCUUGUCCGGCAUGAAAAUUGGUCUCCGCCGUCACUUCUGACCGCAGAGAGGAAGUAAUAAGUGAUGACAAAUCACAAGAGCCUCCGUGAUAAUGGACUGAGCAAAUGGAAAGGAGGCGGUUAUUUGUCAUCCUCCGGCCAGAAAGAAGAGUUACUGCCUCACGUGUAAGCGACCAUUUGCUAAUGACUGUUAUAGUUGAGCCACUGUUGCUUAAACAGACAUUUUUUUUCUGUCAACUCUAUUCAAUCUGUGACCUUAGUAUAAAAAAAAUGACUGUUUACGUCUUUUUAUAGUUUUAAUGACAGCUUAAAGGCUUAGAAUUUGCAGGACUGCCACCUGCUGGCUCAGGAGGAACAAGAAAAUACAAACAGAGGGCAGCAUCACUGCAUAGAAACAAUGUCUAUUUCCUUUCUGUUGUGUAAUGUUAGCGUCUUGGUGUUUCCUCAUUUCUCUACUCUUCAUCUUCAGUGGCCCAUUUUGAGUGACUUUUUUUUAUUACAGUUUACAAGAAAAAUGGUCUUGCAGUUUCUAAAUUUGUAUUUCUAGGCACAUUUUCAACUGGGAGCCUCAGAGCUCCGUGUGUAAACACUCAGUUUGCUCUGCUCAGUUUUUUUUUUUUUUUUUUUUUUUUUUGGCAGGUCGGUUAAGAGCUGUCAACGUUCACUUGUCAAAACUAGCAACAGCUUGUGAGGUAGUGUUUGUUUUUAAAAAAAAUUGAAAUGAUAAUGGACCGAAGUGUUUAUGCAUCGUUCAUCGAGCGCAGCAGGACUCCAGACCGUUUUAUUCUUUAGUCGUUUUCAGAAGCACGAGAUCGUAACUUCACAAAUAAAAUAUUUUGAUUAAAAAGAAAAACAACAUUUUUUAAUGACGUUCUGAAGCGGUAACAGAUUUGUUAGUUAUAUUGUUGCUGUUAUGAAGUCGCUCUAACCUGUUAGCGCUCGGUCAACAGGUUCACCCGAGGGGAUACGAUUAACCCAGUUCAUAUUUAGAAGCCCAGUAUUUACCCGCCUCUGGUGUACGGACAACUGCUCUGUUCUCCUCCGUGAACUCUGACUCUAACUGUAUGUGCACAUGUCGUGCUCUUUGGAUCAGUGAAUGCCUCUUCUCGGAGCCUUUUGUGCCGUCGAUGUAAUGCAGCGUUGCUUAUGUUAAAUACUGCCCCCGGUGUCGUGGUGAAGAUCAGCAGACGUCCAGGCUGCGUUUCCCUCAGCAAUAAGGUUUACCCACAGACCCUUCCACACCGCCUGCCAAGAUGGUGGCGUUGUCUUUAAAAAUCUGCAUUCGCCAAUGCAACGUUGUGAAAACGAUGCAGUUCGAGCCCUCGACGGCCGUUUACGACGCCUGUCGGAUCAUCAGAGAGAGAGUCCCCGAGGCUCAGACUGGACAGGCCUCAGACUACGGUCUAUUCCUGUCCGAUGAAGACCCGCGAAAAGGCAUCUGGCUGGAGUCUGGACGGACACUGGACUACUACAUGCUCCGUAACGGGGACGUCCUGGAAUACAAGAAGAAACAGAGACCACAGAAAAUCAAAAUGUUGGAUGGAGCCGUGAAAACCAUCAUGGUGGAUGAUUCCAAAACAGUGGGAGAGCUGCUGGUGACCAUCUGCAGUAGAAUAGGCAUCACCAACUACGAGGAGUACUCUCUGAUCCAGGAGACUGUGGAGGAGAAGAGGGACGAUGGAAUGGGAACGCUGAAGAAGGACAGGACACUGCUGCGGGACGAGAGGAAGAUGGAGAAACUGAAGGCCAAACUACACACGGACGAUGACUUGAACUGGCUCGACCACAGCCGGACGUUCAGGGAACAGGGAGUGGAUGAGAACGAGACACUUUUGCUCAGACGUAAGUUCUUCUACUCGGACCAGAACGUCGACUCUCGGGACCCGGUCCAACUCAACCUGCUUUACGUCCAGGCUCGAGACGACAUCCUGAACGGUUCACAUCCGGUGUCCUUCGACAAGGCCUGUGAGUUUGGAGGCAUUCAGGCCCAGAUCCAGUUUGGACCACACAUAGAGCACAAACACAAACCUGGAUUCUUGGACCUGAAGGAGUUUCUUCCCAAAGAAUACAUAAAACAAAGAGGAGCAGAGAAGAAAGUAUUUCAGGAGCACAAAAACUGUGGUGAAAUGACAGAGAUUGAAGCCAAAGUGAAGUACGUGAAGUUGGCUCGGUCCCUGCGGACGUACGGCGUCUCUUUCUUCCUGGUGAAGGAAAAGAUGAAGAGUAAAAACAAGCUGGUGCCACGACUGCUGGGCAUCACCAAAGAGUCGGUGAUGAGAGUGGACGAGAAGACCAAAGAUGUGGUGCAGGAGUGGCCGCUCACCACCGUGAAGAGGUGGGCGGCGUCGCCCAAGAGCUUCACUCUGGAUUUUGGUGAAUACCAGGAGAGUUAUUACUCGGUGCAGACCACUGAAGGGGAGCAGAUCUCUCAGCUGAUCGCUGGUUACAUCGACAUCAUCUUGAAAAAGAAGCAGAGUAAAGAUCGUUUUGGGAUGGAAGGUGACGAGGAGUCCACCAUGCUGGAGGAAUCGGUGUCUCCUAAAAAGUCAACGAUCCUUCAGCAGCAGUUUAACCGCGUGGGUCGGGCGGAGCACGGCUCUGUGGCGCUGCCGGGGGUGAUCCGCUCCGGCUCCAUCGGCACAGAGUCACUCAGCAUGGGCAGCAUGCCAGCACCACAGCAGCAGAUCACCAUGGGUCAGAUGCACCGAGGACACAUGCCCCCGCUGAGCUCGGCCCAACAGGCUCUGAUGGGAACCAUCAACACCAGCAUGCAGGCAGUGCAGAAAGCCCAGAUUGACCUCGGGGAGGUUGACAGCCUGCCCCCUCUGGGCCAGGACAUGGCGUCCAAGGUCUGGAUCCAGAACAAGAUGGAUGAAUCCAAACAUGAGAUCCACUCACAGGUGGACGCAAUCACUGCAGGAACGGCGUCCGUGGUCAACCUCACAGCUGGUGACCCCGACGACACGGACUACACGGCAGUGGGCUGCGCCAUCACCACCAUCUCCUCCAACCUGACGGAGAUGUCGAAGGGCGUGAAGCUGCUGGCCGCACUGAUGGAGGACGAUGUGGGAGGAGGAAAUGACCUGAUGAAGGCUGCCAGGACGCUGGCCGGAGCCGUGUCCGACCUGCUGAAGGCCGUGGAGCCCGCCUCCGGAGAGCCCAGACAGACCGUGCUGACGGCGGCCGGCAGCAUCGGCCAGGCCAGCGGAGACCUGCUGCGGCAGAUUGGAGAGAAUGAGACGGACGAACGGUUCCAGGAUGUCCUGAUGAAUCUGGCCAAGGCUGUCGCCAACGCUGCCGCCAUGUUGGUGCUGAAGGCCAAGAAUGUGGCCCAGGUUGCAGAGGACACGGUGCUUCAGAACCGCGUCAUCGCCGCUGCCACCCAGUGUGCCCUGUCCACCUCCCAGCUGGUGGCCUGCGCCAAGGUAGAGCAGCUGGUGUUUGGACCAACCAAACCCCAGAGGCUUUUCUCUCACUUCUCUCUCACUUCUCUCUCUCCUGGUUCUCCACUGUCUCUCACCCCACUCUGAUCUUCAUCCACCUUGGCGUGCCCUUUGCUUAAUACAGCUUCAUAAGCUCUCUGUGUGACGCCGCAGCUCUCACACACAGAGCACUAUCAUCAGCAUGUGCUGCAGGAGAGGGGAGACAAAGACGAAAUAUCAAUCUUUCUCUAAUGUCCAGGAGAGAUGGUCCGUCAGGCUCGGGUCCUGGCCCAGGCCACCUCAGACCUGGUGAACGCCAUGAGGUCGGACGCAGAGGCAGAGGUGGACUUGGACAACUCCAAGAAGCUGCUGGCAGCUGCUAAACUCCUGGCUGACGCCACGGCCAGGAUGGUGGAGGCAGCCAAGGGGGCUGCAGCAUAUCCGGAGAACGAGGACCAGCAGCAGCGGCUGAGAGAGGCUGCGGAGGGUCUGCGAGUGGCCACCAACGCUGCUGCUCAGAACGCUAUCAAGAAGAAACUGAUCAACAGACUGGAGAAUGCUGCCAAACAAGCUGCAGCCGCAGCCACACAGACCAUCGCUGCGGCUCAGAACGCUGCUGCGUCCAACAAGAACACCGCUGCUCAUCAGCAGCUGGUGCAGAGCUGCAAGGUGACGGCCGACCACAUGCCGCAGCUCAACCAGGGAGUGCGUGGCAGUCAGGCCAAACCAGAGGACCUCAGCGCUCAGCUCGCUCUCAUCAUAGCAAGUCAGAACUUCCUUCAGCCCGGCAGUAAGAUGGUGACCUCGGCCAAGUCCUCUGUGCCCACUGUGACGGAUCAGGCUGCAGCCAUGCAACUGGGUCAGUGUGCUAAGAACCUGGCUACCUGCCUGGCUGAGCUGAGGACGGCAGCCCAGAAGGCACACGAGGCCUGUGGACCCAUGGAGAUCGACUCGGCGCUCACUGCCAUCCAGACCCUGAGGAACGAGCUGCAGGACGCCAAACUGGCUGCAGCCAACGCUCAGCUGAAACCACUGCCAGGAGAAAAUCUGGAGAAAUGUGCUCAGGACCUGGGCAGCACGUCCAAGUCGGUGGGCUCCUCCAUGGCCCAGCUCCUCACCUGUGCAGCACAAGGAAACGAGCACUACACAGGAAUCGCAGCCAGAGAGACGGCUCAGGCCCUGAAAACUCUGGCCCAGGCGGCCCGCGGUGUCGCUGCUUCAACCACGGACCCCAAAGCUGCGGCGGCCAUGCUGGACUCUGCCCGUGAUGUCAUGGAGGGGUCCGCUCUUCUCAUCCACGAGGCCAAGGAGGCUCUGGGUUCUCCUGGAGACGCUGAGAGUCAGCAGAGGCUGGCACAGGUGGCUAAAGCUGUGUCUCACUCCCUGAAUAACUGCGUCAACUGCCUGCCUGGUCAGAAGGACGUGGACAUGGCUCUCAAAAGCAUCGGGGAGGCCAGCAAAAAGCUGCUGAUUGACACGAUCCCUCCGUCCUCCAAGUCAUUCCAGGAGGCUCAGAGUGAUUUGAACCAAACUGCCGCAGACCUGAACCAGUCAGCGGGCGAGGUGGUCCACGCCUCCAGAGGCUCCAGCAAUCAACUGGCAGUGGCUUCUGGGAAGUUCAGCCACGACUUUGAUGACUUCCUGGACGCAGGGAUUGAGAUGGCCGGACACACUCAGAAAAAGGACGACCAGGUGCAGGUGAUCGGGAAUCUGAAGAACAUCUCCAUGGCCUCCAGUAAACUCCUGCUGGCUGCGAAGAGCCUCUCUGUGGACCCAGCGGCAGCGAACGCCAAGAACCUGCUGGCUGCUGCUGCCAGAGCGGUGACGGACAGCAUUAACCAGCUGAUCACCCUGUGCACUCAGCAGGCUCCUGGCCAGAAGGAGUGUGACAAUGCCCUCAGAGAGCUGGAGGCUGUGAGAGGAAUGCUGGACAACCACAACGAGCCGGUCAGUGACCUCUCGUACUUCGACUGCAUUGAGAGUGUGAUGGAGAACUCCAAGGUCCUCGGUGAAUCCAUGGCAGGGAUUUCCCAGAACUGUAAGACCGGGGACGUGUCGGCCUUCGGAGACUGUGUGGGAUCAGCGUCCAAGGCUCUGUGUGGCCUCACUGAAGCAGCAGGACAGGCCUCCUACCUGGUGGGUGUGUCCGACCCCAACAGUCAGGCCGGACACCAGGGGCUGGUGGAUCCCAUCCAGUUCGCCAAAGCCAACCAGGCUAUUCAGAUGGCCUGUCAGAACCUCGUUGACCCAGACAGCAGUCCAUCACAGGUUCUUUCUGCCGCCACUAUUGUUGCUAAGCACACGUCAGCGCUGUGCAACGCCUGCCGCCUGGCCUCCUCCAGAGCCACCAACCCAGUUGCCAAGAGGCACUUUGUGCAGUCGGCCAAAGAGGUGGCCAACAGCACGGCCAACCUGGUCAAAACCAUUAAGGCUUUGGACGGUGAUUUCUCAGACGAGAACAGACACAGGUGUCGCGUUGCCACCGGACCUCUGAUUGAAGCUGUGGAAAACCUGACAACGUUUGCAUCCAACCCAGAGUUUGCCAGCGUCCCUGCGCAAAUAAGUGCAGAGGGCACUGCUGCUCAGGAGCCCAUCCUCCAUUCAGGUCGCUCCAUGCUGGACAGCUCCACCCACCUGCUCAGAACUGCACGCUCAUUGGUUAUUAACCCCAAAGACCCGCCCACCUGGUCCAUUCUGGCUGGUCACUCUCGCAUCGUCUCUGACUCCAUCAAGAGUCUCAUUACAGCCAUAAGGGACAAGGCCCCGGGCCAGCGUGAGUGCGACUCAUCAAUUGAUAACAUCAACAAAUGUAUCCGGGACAUUGAACAGGCCUCUCUGGCAGCGGUCAGCCAGGACUUACGCUGCAGAGAUGACAUCUCACUGGAAGCGCUGCAGGAACAGUUGACGUCCACUGUGCAGGAAAUUGGCCACUUAAUUGACCCCAUUUCUACUGCAGCCAGAGGCGAGGCUUCCCAACUAGGACACAAGGUGACCCAGCUGGCUCGUUACUUCGAGCCCUUGAUCAACGCCUCUGUUGGAGUGGCGUCUAAGCUGAGGGACCACCAGCAGCAGAUGACUUUUCUGGAUCAAACCAAGACCCUGGCGGAGUCUGCUCUGCAGAUGCUCUACGCCGCCAAGGAGGGCGGCGGGAACCCCAAGGCCUCCCAUACCCAUGAUGCAAUAGUGGAGGCAGCGCAGCUUAUGAAGGAAGCGGUGGAUGACAUCAUGGUGACACUGAAUGAAGCCGCCAGUGAAGUGGGAAUGGUUGGAGGAAUGGUGGAAUCCAUCGCAGAGUCCAUGGCCAAGCUGGAUGAAGGUACACCACCUGAGCCCGACGGCUCCUUUGUGGACUACCAGACCAGUAUGGUCAAAUACUCCAAGGCCAUCGCUGUCACCGCUCAGGAAAUGAUGACCAAAUCAGUGACCUGCCCUGAUGAGAUGGGGGCUCUGGCCUCUCAGGUGACUGUAGACUACGGUCAGUUGGCCUUCCAGAGUCGACUGGCGGCUCACACAGCGGAGCCUGAGGAGGUUGGUUUCCAGAUCAAGACCCGGGUGCAGGAUCUGGGCCACGGUUGUAUCUCGCUGGUCCAGAAGGCUGGAGCCCUGCAGAUCACACCCUCAGACAGUUUCACUAAACGAGAGCUCAUCGACUGCGCCCGCACUGUCACCGAAAAGGUGUCCUUGGUGCUCUCGGCCCUGCAGGCAGGUAACAAGGGCACGCAGGCCUGCAUCACAGCAGCCAGUGCCGUGUCUGGGAUCAUCGCCGACCUGGACACCACCAUCAUGUUUGCCUCUGCCGGAACCCUGAACGCAGAGAACGACGAGUGCUUCGCCGACCACAGAGAAACCAUUUUGAAGACGGCCAAGGCUCUGGUGGAGGACACAAAGAUGCUGGUGUCCGGGGCAGCUUCCGGUCCGGACAGAUUGGCGCAGGCUGCUCAGUCUUCAGCCAAAACCAUCACCCAACUCACAGAUGUGGUCAAACUUGGAGCUGCCAGCAUCGGCUCGGAUGAUCCAGAGACACAGGUUGUUCUGAUAAAUGCUGUCAAAGAUGUGGCAAAGGCCCUGUCUGAGCUCAUCAGUGCCACCAAGUGUGCAGCUGGCAAAACAGCAGAUGAUCCGUCCAUGUACCAGCUGAAAGCUGCAGCCAAGGUGAUGGUGACCAACGUGACCUCACUGUUGAAGACGGUCAAAGCAGUGGAGGACGAGGCCUGUCGAGGGACCAGAGCCCUGGAGUCCACGAUCGAGUGUAUAAAACAGGAACUGGCGCUUUUUCAAUCCAAAGAUGCUCCCAACAAAUCGAGCACUCCUGAGGAGUUCAUCCGCAUGACUAAAGGCAUCACGAUGGCCACGGCCAAAGCUGUGGCUGCUGGGAACUCGGCCCGGCAGGAGGACAUCAUUCACACGGCCAACAUCAGCCGCAAAGCUAUUUCAGAGAUGCUCACCACGUGCAAGCAAGCGGCCUACCAUCCAGAGGUGAGUGAGGAGGUGAAGAACAGAGCACUGAGGUACGGGUCGGAGUGUACCACUGGAUACAUCCAUCUGCUGGAGCAGGUCCUGAUGGUUCUCCAAAAGCCCACAGCAGAUCAGAAGCAGCAGUUGGCAGGCUGUUCUAAACGGGUGGCAGGCGCCGUCACAGAGCUGAUGCAAGCAGCUGAGGCCAUGAAAGGUUCUGAGUGGGUCGACCCCGAGGACCCGACCGUGAUCGCAGAGAACGAGCUGCUCGGUGCAGCGGCGUCCAUCGAAGCAGCAGCUAAGAAACUGGAGCAGCUCAAACCCCGAGCAAAACCGAAGCUAGCAGAUGAGACUCUGAACUUUGAGGAGCAGAUCUUGGAGGCAGCCAAGUCCAUCGCUGCAGCCACCAGCGCUCUGGUCAAAUCGGCGUCUGCUGCUCAGAGAGAGCUGGUGGCCCAGGGUAAAGUGGGCUCCAUCCCUGCUAACGCUGUGGACGAUGGACAGUGGUCCCAGGGACUCAUCUCUGCAGCUCGUAUGGUGGCGGCAGCGACCAGCAAUCUUUGUGAAGCCGCCAACGCCUCGGUGCAGGGCCACGCCAGUGAGGAGAAGCUCAUCUCUUCUGCCAAACAGGUGGCAGCGUCCACAGCUCAGCUGCUGGUGGCCUGCAAGGUGAAAGCUGACCAGGACUCCGAGGCCAUGAGGAGACUUCAGAUUGCAGGAAAUGCUGUGAAGAAAGCCUCAGACAACUUGGUGAGGGCGGCCCAGAAGGCAGCUUUUGACAAGGCAGAUGAAGACAACGUGGUGGUGAAGACCAAGUUUGUUGGUGGAAUAGCACAGAUCAUUGCGGCUCAGGAGGAGAUGCUGAGGAAGGAGAGGGAGCUGGAGGACGCCAGGAGGAAACUGGCUCAGAUCAGACAGCAGCAGUACAAGUUCCUGCCCAGCGAGCUGCGAGAAGACAACAACUGAGGUUCAACCUGAGGUUCACUGCUGCGUUCACGCCGAGCAGUGUGAAAAGCACACGUGCUGAAUGUGCAUGUAUGUUUGAAUAUUUGUCUCCUUCAUCACGGCACAUCCUCUCGUCUCUCACAGUGACUUCAGACACAGUUACAUUCACUUCUUACCUGGACUCCUGUCUGCAGCCGACGUCUCUCGAACACUAGGACUGAAGAAGAACUGUUACUUUAUGUUUCUUUUCUCUUUUUUUCAUUUUUUUUUUCAUUUGAAACACAGCAGUUUUGAAUGAUGUAAUCUGAACAGAAUGUGACGUGCUGAGCACCGACAGAACCACUCAUACACUCAUGUUUGUCCAUACGCUGCAGCUGUAAAAUCUUCACAGUCAGUUCAUCACCUUUUCACCAGAAUUAAUCGAGAAUUCAACUGCAAUAUCACCUCCAAGGCUUCAAUGAUACAGGUCAAAACACUCAUCCUUAGUCUUCUCUGGUCUCACAUGAAGGAACGGUUGUGGUUUUGUUACUUUUUUGGUCAGAUUUACUGUGAAUCCUCUGGGAGAAUGAACUCAAACCAUGUGAAUGCUUUUACCUCACUGGACGACUUAUUGCCAUAGAAGGUAUAUUCAUUACUCUUGGGUAUUUUUAGCAGGGGGACGUGGGGGGGGGUCCUUCAGGGGCCCCCACCAUGAGCACAGCCCGUGGUGGCCUUCAGCCAGAUUAUCUUUCCCAAUUCUGCAGUUUUAAAUUCCCAUCCAGUGUGACAUUCAGAGCUGUUAGGCAGUGAGUUGAAUGUGAUUAAGUUGCAAUACUGUAAAUGCGUCUUAAGGGGGCAGCAUUGGAUUCUAUUAAACCUUGCGAAUAUUACAGACGUAGUAUAGAAGCUUAUCAAUAAAUAUGUUGUGAAUUAGUUGCACAAAGUCACUUCAUCUGAAGUCUUAGUCAAAACUGUUGGCUCGCUGCAGGAAGUGGUCGUCGACGUUCAACGUUUCUAGCAAUAUUGAACCACUGCCAGGGAUUCAUCAGCUCCACUUUUGUAAAUCUGACAGAUAACUUGGCAAUAAAAGUUUUAUUACUGAAUAAAGCAACAAUGGAUUUUAAAUGAAUUAGUGAAUAACAAGUGAAGUGAGUGCAGUCGUGCAGUCCUGUCUGUGUGACUUCACCUAACACUGAAGAACUUUGUCUUUGUUUAUCCAGUUUGAUUGACGUGUGUUUGGUUCCAGUGACUUACUAUAGACUGUUAUUAAAGGACACCUUUGUUGUAUCUGCAAAACCCUGGGUCCUGCUGUCCAAAUGCAUGGCUUUGUGCUUCAGCUGCAGCUCCAGUUUACACGGUGACAGAGCAGAAGUGUUCAGAAUUAGGAUGCACUGAGUGACUCUGACCGUGAACACACAGCCAACAGUGACAGGAAGCUGACGACUGACUGAAUUCACAAGUGUUUUCUGCCUUUAUGUUUAAUGUCUGUGGGGGGGGUAGGACACAGGUGGGGGUGGGGGGGGGGGACCACAGCUCAUCAGUCUGUAGUCUGUAGUGAUUCUGAAUAGUGCCUUAGUCUGUAGCCCAUACUGUGUCUGGUCUGCCUGAGUUUACAGCUUCACCUCGUAGGUCAACAAACGACGGGAUUGGUCGAGACGUUGGUGUUUGACUGCGGCUCCAUGUCUGUGGACGUUGAUCAUACUUUAUUUUUCUAUUAGUCUCCCUGUCGUGUAUGAAGCCAGAGGAGCGACGGGACAAAAAUGUGUCUUCACACUCUGUGUAUUUUAUAUAUACAGUACAUUUACGAACACAUUUUUGUACGGCCUGACGUUGACUUGUACUACAGUACUACAGCAGGCAGCAGUUCUGAGGACUGUCGUCUGCUUGGAAGUACUUUUAAAGGUUUUGCCCCCCCCCCUCUGUGCUUUUGAACCUCUGUGGAAAGAUAAAUGUGAUCGGAGCAGUCGAUUGUAUCUGUCACCGUUAAGACGUUGUUGUGGAGUGUUUGAAGUGUUCUGUACCUCUCUCUACCCCCGAGCCGGAAAAUAAAAAAAUGAUGAAGUUGCGACAGUUUAAGAUAAGUGAUAAGAUGCAGCAUAAGAAAUAUUUAUCUGGCUUCAAUAAAACUAUUUUUUGUAUUCACUGAAAGUAAAACCUUCAA